GAGAGAUAAGCCCAAGGCCGACAAGAUCCACAGUCCCAACCAUGGCGCAGACGAGGAGGACCAGUGGGCCGCCCGCGACGGCGUUUGUGGCGGCGGAAGUGGAGGAGCAGCCCGGUGCCGCACCCUUCCCCUGGUCGACGAUGAGGCUGACGCCCCCCACGGCGGCAGCGGUGGCGCUCUUCGCCCUGCUGGUGCGCGUGCUCGUGUCCCUGGGCUCGUACUCGGGGCAAGGCACGCCGCCCAUGUACGGGGACUACGAGGCGCAGCGGCACUGGAUGGAGAUCACCCUCCACACGCCCGCUGCCGAGUGGUACCGCAACACCACCGCCAACGACAUCGCCUACUGGGGCCUCGACUACCCCCCGCUCACCGCCUACCAGAGCCUCGCUCACGCUCUCCUCAUCAACGUCUCCCUCCCCCAGUCCCUCGCCCUCUCUUCAUCCCGCGGUUUCGAGUCCCACCAAUCGAAGCUGAUGAUGAGAUGGACGGUGUUGUCGUCGGACUUGUUGGCAUUCUUUCCAGCGGCGAUCUACUACGUGUGGGUUUAUUUUCAGCGCAAUGUUGGUGGUGAUGGAGAGGAAAGGUCGGCGCCGUGGUUGCUAGCGAUGAUACUGCUUAAUCCUUGCUUGAUCCUCGUUGAUCAUGGCCAUUUUCAGUACAACUGCAUCAGUCUUGGCUUUACACUUGGAGCUAUUGCAGCUGUCCUGUCUCAAAAUGAUUUUGCUGCUUCUGCUCUCUUCAGUCUUGCAAUCAAUCACAAACAGAUGAGCUUAUACUUUGCACCAGCAUUUUUUAGCCAUCUACUUGGGAAAUGCCUCAGACGCAAAAAUCCUAUUUUUGAGGUCAUGAAGCUUGGCCUCAUGGUUAUUGGAACCUUUGCUCUUGUUUGGUGGCCUUACUUAUAUUCUAUUGAAUCAGUGAUGGAGGUUCUUAACCGAUUAGCUCCUUUCGAGAGAGGAAUAUUUGAAGAUUAUGUCGCCAACUUUUGGUGUAGCACCUCGGUGGUUAUAAAGUGGAAGAGGAUCUUCACAAUACAUUCGAUGAAAUUCCUUAGUCUCAUCACGACAAUUUUGGCCUUCCUACCUUCAUUUGUUCAGCAGUUGAAGACUCCGAGUGAUCAGGGGUUCCUCUAUAGUUUGCUAAAUAAUUCAUUUUCAUUCUAUUUGUUCUCUUAUCAAGUGCACGAGAAAUCAAUCCUACUACCUCUUUUACCUGCAAGCCUUUUAGCACUACAAGAACCUCUGCUUUUUGGGUGGUUAAUGCACUGUGCUUUAUUAUCCAUGUAUCCUCUUCUUCGCCGUGAUCGGUUAUUGUUGCAACAUGGAGCAGUUCUUUCUCUCUUCGGUCUUAUCUUCUUCCCACCCCAUGGAAACCAUGUCACAAAGGCAGACAAAUUAUCCACCAAAGAGAAAGCACUUAUCGCAUUAGGAUUGUCUUGUUCCAUUGUAUUACAUUUGGUGUACUUGUGUUUCCAGCCUCCAAAAAAAUAUCCUUUCCUCUUUGAGGCCCUGAUUAUGUUUUUCUGCUUCUCUCAGUUUGUGGCCUUCACUAUCUACACUAACUUUAAGCAGUGGAUGCUAUUGGACCACUCUUCUUGGGCAGUGAGAGUCAAAAAGGAUCUUUGAUCACACAAUUUUACUUCUUGUAACUGACAUCAAAUUGUUAAUUCUCCUUUUUUGCA